CUUGAAAUAGACUCUGUUUUUUAGUUCCCUGUUCUGUUUUUCCAUGCUCUGUUUUCCGAAUGACUCUCAUUUACGUUUCCAUGUUUUAUUACUCAGUAAACGACACCCACUCUUUCCUUUUCACAUAACUCUAUCUACCCAUGUGAACCACAAAGCUAUUGAGAGGAAAAGGACUCCAUCACCAUCAUCUCUUUGCCCCUCUCUUAUUGCCAAAGGAGGGACACUUUCAAGAACUAGCAAAUGCUAGAAAAAUCUCAUCUUGUAGGAAUGCAAUUUUCUCAUCUUAAAUUGCAAAUUUUUCUUGAUUUCUCAUCAUAUUUUUGAUAUAGAUAUGAAAUCAUUGAGUAGUUUAGGAAUUGGUCUGAGCGUUGUAUUUGGGUGUUUACUGUUAGCACUGAUUGCAGAGAUUUACUACUUGUUAUGGUGGAAAAGAAGAAUCAUAAACAGAGAAGAAAUUCAAGAACAAGAAGAAGAGAAUCACUGUAAUAAUACUAAUUCAUCAUCAAGAAGAGAAUUUUUCUAUCUGUUUUGCUGGAAAAAACCAUCUUCAUUGUCAUCAACAACAACAGCAUUAAACCCACUUAGAUUCACAGAUAUAGAAUCACAAGCUCACUGUGUAAAACCAUAUGGAGAUCUUCAACAAGAUGGUAAUGGCAAUAUUGAGAAUGAAUUGAUGAGAUUGCAUAGUUUAUCAGGUCCAACUAGAUUGCUGUUCACAAUUAAAGAGGAAACUAGGGAAGAUUUAGAAUCUGAAGAUGGUGGUAUGGGGAAAUUUGGGUCUGGGAGAAGUGAUUUGAUUGUGUCAAUGGAAACACCGUAUUUGACUCCACUGUCAUCUCCAUCAUUUUUUACUCCACCAAUGACUCCAUUGAAGGAGAGUACUGCUAAUUGUUGUUAUAAUAAUCAUGGGUUUAAUCCUUUGUUUGAAUCAUCAACUGAUGUUGAGAUUAGUAAGAUUAAAUCUUCACCUCCUCCAAAAUUCAAGUUUCUGAAAGAUGCAGAGGACAAAUUGUUUAGGAAAUCACUCAAUCAAGAAGAAGAGAUCAAGAGUGAUGAAAUUUAUCAUGAUUCUGAAUCAGAGAAUGGGUCUAGCAAUUAUAUUACAAUUCUUGUUUCCAAAAAUAGAGAUCAACAAGAGAAAUCCAUUUCAAGUUGUUCAUCUUCAUUAGCAAAAUCAAAUUCAAAGCUACUUGCAAACACUAUGAUGUGGACGCUAUUGUACAUGAUGAGGCCACUAUCCACGGGCCAAAGUCAGUUCUGCUCUGUCGUGCUGAUGGAAAACCAGUUACCAUACUGAAUGCAGUAAAAUAAUAAAAUCCUUGAGAGUGAUGGCAUAUUUUACUGUUGGCACUUGGCAGUAAAAAAUCAAUGAUGAGAGAAAAGAAUGAAAAAGCAAUAUGCAACCAAAACAACGUACUUUCGGUUCCUCUAUUCUUCUUUACGGCAAGUUCCUUCUUCUUCUUUGUUCUUUCCUUUAUGCUUCGAAAGGAUAU